AUGGGUGUUCGCACCGUGGCGGCCUUCGGCACGGAGGAGUUCCAGCAGCGACGCUUCGGGGCGCACCUGGACACCGCGCGGCGCGGCGGCGUGCGCUCCGGGAUCCGGAUCGGCAUCUUCUGGGGUUUGCAGAACUUCUCCUUCGCUGUCCUCUAUGCUGUCACCCUUUGGUUUGGCGGGCAUGUCUUGAUUGCGGGGAGGAUGAAAGACCACCAGGACGCGCAGGUGAAUGGUGGCGACGUCAUCGUUGUGCUGAUCGCGCUGAUCACCGGGAUGACGGGUAUCUCUACCUUUAGUGGCUAUGCACCUGGAUUGUUCAAGGCCGUGGCUUCCGCGAAGUCUUUGAAGGAGAUGAUUCGCUGGAAGGAUCGCGACAUCGAGCCAGACCACUUCUGGGACGAAGAGGCCUCUCCCAGCUUGGCAGAUUUGCAGAGCAUUGAGUUCAGAUCGGUGGUCUUUAACUAUCCUCUGCAGCCAGAGAAGGUGGUGCUGAGUAAGCUGAGCUUCUUCAUCUCCAAAGGUCAGAAAGUGGCCUUUGUAGGUGAAAGUGGCUGUGGGAAGAGCACCACGAUCCAACUCAUUCUGCGUUUCUAUGAUCCCAAGUCUGGGGAGAUCGUGAUUAACGGCACCCCCUUGCAGCGACUGCCCGUUCGGUCCUGGCGACGGAUGCUGGGCUACGUGGGCCAACAUCCGGUGCUCUUCGCCACCAGUGCGAUGGAAAACAUCAAGGCGGGUGAAGACAUCAGUGAUGAGGAGGCGAUCGAGGCCGCGCGGCAGGCGCAGAUUCUGGACACCUUGACGCAGCUGCCCGAAGGCUUAGACUCCUUCAUCGGCGCUGGAGGUGGCAUGCUCUCGGGCGGCCAGCGGCAGCGCGUGGCCAUCGCCCGCGCGCUGGCGCGCAAGCCGAAGGCGCUGCUCCUGGACGAGGCCACCAGCGCCUUGGACAACGAGUCGGAGCGCAUGGUGCAGGAGACGCUGGACUGCUUGGAGGAGACGCUCGGCCGGGCCUUGACGACCAUCUCCAUUGCGCACCGACUCACCACCAUCGCCAAGUCCGACAUGAUCUACAUGCUGAAGGAGGGCCAUGUUUGUGAGCAAGGAACUCACCAAGAGCUGCUUGGGCGUGCCAGCUCUGGUUUUCUUUGGAACCUACGGGGACCUACGGACCUACGGUUUCUUUCAAGCUUGCAUGCUGAACAGAUCCUGAAACUUUGA